AUGGCGGGUAUUUUAAGUAGGUUUUCUUCCGUCACUGCAACAACAAUACGGCAGCUGAAAAACAGCUCUACCAAUGAAAACACGGUAAAAAGUAUUGCUUUUUGGUUGUCGGUUUGGAAGAAGUGGUGUUUGGAGAAAGGAAUUGCCGCAGAAAUCGAAAACUACGAGCCAACGCAGCUUAACAGUUUGCUCGAGCGAUUCUCCGCCGAAAUUAAAAACAAACAUGGGGAAGAUUAUGAACCGGAAAGUCUGAAAGUAAUGAAUACAUCGCUUGAUAGACACUUGAAGAACAAAGGCUAUAAACUGUCCAUUAUUCGCGACAGAGAAUUCUGUUCCUCCAAACAAGUACUGGACGGAAAAGCGAAACAGCUUCGCUUAGCUGGCCGCGCCAAGCGCCCAAACAAAGCUCGACAACUAUCCGAAGAGGAAGAAGAAAUUCUCUGGAAGAGCGAGAAACUCGGUGGUAAAACCCCAGAGUCCUUAAUUCAAACAACGUGGUGGCUACUUACUCAACAAUUUGGUCUCCGUGGAAGGCAGGAACACCAUGGAAUGAGACUGGAGGAUUUCAGAAUCAUGAAAGGUGACGACGUCCUUGAAUAUGUUGAGUUUGCUGAAGGGCCAACGAAGACCAGACCUGGAGGUUUGAACGCAAAGCCAAGACAGUUUCAGCCCAAAAUGUUUCAGACCGGCGGAGAGAGAUGUCCAGUUGCGUUGUUCCGUAUGUACAUCAACCGUAGGCCUCGCAGUCUCAGGACGAGUGGUCCGUUUUAUCUCUCGAUGAAAUACAACAGCGGAACUCGCGAUGAAACUUGGUAAAAAGUCCAGCCCAUUGGAGAAAAUAGAAUCAACUCCAUGAUGAAAAAUAUCAUCUUCCAAACCAGCCUUCAGUCAUCCGAGAAGCGGUUUACGAAUCACAUUGCCCGCAAAACGCUCGUUAGCAAGAUGAAGAAAGCAAAUCUUGAGAGGUCGUGCAUUGCAAAAGUCGCUGGCCACAGAAAUAUCCAGUCUUUAGAUGACUACGAUGAAGCCGACGAAGACGAACAGCGACAGCUUUCGUGGGCCAUCUCAAAGGGAAAUAGUACACCAAAAUCCGCGUCGGUGGCGGUUAGUUCAUCUGGUCCUUCCGCUUCCAAUGCAGUAAUUUCACACAUGAUGACAUGA